AUGGCAUCCUCCACCUCCUCCUCGCCUCAUCAUCCACCUCCUCUAUUCUUUAAUCGGUCACCUCCUCUCAUGGUCAAUGAAGAGCACGAGAUACGUCGCAAACAAAUAGAGCAACAAAAGAAAUUAGACGCACUCAAAAAGCUACAUCUCUUUAAAAAGCAGCUUGAUGCCGUCGACCCUCAAACACACUCAUUGUCAUUCUCUGCAUCAGAGCCAGAGACUAUAGCCAACACUACCAACACCAUAAAUAAUAAUCAAAGUAAUAAUAAUCUAGUAACACCUAUUACUCUACCUCCACCAAAUAUGAUACCUAAACCAAAACCUAAACAAACAAAACAAUCAAGUAAACAACCAAAACAACAACGACAACCAAGUAAACAAAGUAAACAGCAACCACAACAAAGUAAUCAACAAACACAAAGUAAUCAACAACAACAACAACAGCAAUAUACAGACACUAACAAUUCAACAUCUUCUUCAUCAUCAUCAUCAUCUAUAUCAUCCACUGCGAUUGUUCCUUUAGGUUAUGAUUUCUCAACAUCUUUGGCUCAAGCUGAAAUACAUAGAUCUCAAGUGAGAAGGAAUAAACGGAUGGGAUCUAUCGGUGGAGGUAGUAGUAGCGGUGCUUCAGACUUGUCUGAAUCGGAUUCUCGACAACCAGAGAUUGAAGAAUACUCAGAGAGUGCAUGUUCUACCAAUACUACCAAUACUACUACAUCUCCUCCAUCUACUACUGAUAAUAUUAAACUUCUCGGACGAAAAAGAUACACUUCCGAAGAUGACAAUCCUCCACCUCUUCCAUCAUCAACAAGAACCAAAAGAAAUCAUCAACAACAAUCACAACAAUCACAACAAUCACCACAACAAUCACAACAAUCACAACAAUCGCAGUCACAACCAUUCGAACCGUCACAAGAAAACGAAAGAAGGGAAUUGGAUUCUGAAAUGAUGGUUAGUGGAUUAAGUAAAACCAGUCCACGAUCAUCACAACAACAAUCACAACAAUCACAACCACAAACACAAAGAAUUUAUAGGGAUGGAAACCAAGGAUCAGUUUACAGUUAUGUUAGUUCAGCAUCUUCAACUUCUUCAUCCAAUGAAUCUGAUCCAUUGGCUGUCGAUAGCCAAUCUUCAUUCCAUAAAAGAUAUAUUCAAGCAUUUGCAAGAUUUACAGAGAUGAACAAGAAUGAAGACAAGAGAGAACAUUUAGUUUGUAAAAGAGAUUAUACUAUUGGCGGUAAAAAGGUCAAUGAUUUGGAGAUACAUGAUCGAUUGAGAAAGACGUAUGCUCGAGUCGUUGUAGUUCAACCUGGUUUAAUCUACAUUGAUAAUCUCCAACCAAAAGCAGUAUUUGUCAAUUGCAAAGAGGUUACACAACCAACUUAUAUAUGUAAUGGUGAUAAGAUUCAAGUUAUGGAUUAUUUAUUUUUUGUUGAAGUAUUUACAGAAAACAUAAGUUCAAUUGAUUUUGAUGAUCAAUUGAGUGAUCGUGAACUUGAGGCAAUGUUGGCUUCAAGUUCAUCUUGUUCUUCUCAACCUAAUACUCCAACUCAUCAACCACCACCUCUUCCACCACCUGCUCCUCCACCAACUCCAUCAUCAUCACAACUACAUUCAAACAACAGUGCUACCCCCUCCACCUCUCCUUAUCCAGUAACUCCUCAGUCAACACAUAAACACAAAAAGACAAACACCCUAAAUAAUAUAAAUACCAACUUGAUCAAUAGCCUUAAUAAUCUAAUUAAUAUAAAGGUGGGAUCAAUUGUAAAAUUCCAACAAAAACAACAAAAUCAACAGCAACAACAACAACAAAAGAAAAAUAAUAAUAAUGUACAAGAGGAAGAAGAACAGGAAGUAGAGGAAGAAGAAGAAGAAGAAGAAGAGCAAGAGAAAGAAGAGGAAGAGGAAAAGGUGAACCUAAUCAAAAAAAUACAGGCAAUUCAAAUUAAAACUCCACCAUCAACACCAUCACAAACCAAGUCAUGUAAAAGUGGUUUGGAACAAAGUAAUACUAACACUAACACUAAAACUCGAAAUAACAUUGUUACAGCAAGACAACAACAAAAUAAUCUAAACAACAUUAAAAAAAAUAACAUUAAAACUCAAACCAACAUUAAUAAUAAUAAUAAGAAGACCAACCACAAUUCAAUUUCACUUAAAAGUGGCAUUUUUGCCUUUUUAAAUAUUUAUAUAUGUCAUCAAUUAAAAGAUAAGCCCCAUUUACAAGAAAUUGUCAUUGCCAAUGGAGGAAAUUUAAUCGACGAAGUCUGUGACUUGAACACAUUUUUGUAUAUCGUACCGAAUAAUGUAAUGUUCAGACAUACCUACUCGAAACUUUACAAGCUCAGAUGCACAUUUGUCAAAGAGGCAUGGAUUGAUGAUAAUAUGGGCCAAGGGAUACUGAAGCCUGUGGGACAAUACAUUUAUAAACCUAAAACAUUGGGUAUCUAUUCUAAAGUAUCAGUUUUUGCAAAGGACAAGGAUCAAAAAGAAUGGUACGAAAAGGAGUUAUCGUUUCAUGGUGCAACUCUUAUCGACAUAUCUAACAUUCAUAUUGAUAAACCAUUUAUACUCUUUCUCUCUCUCUCUCUCUUAUGGACACCAGCAAUGUCAACAUCUACAACAACUGUGCCACAUUCACCACCUCCACCGCAACCUCCUCCAUCACCAUCACCAACAACUAAAAAGCAUAAGAAAUUGACAAAAGCAGAGAAAAAGCAAAACAAGAACAUAAGAAAACAAAUUAAGCUUGAGAAAAAGAAAAAUAAGUAUAACAAGAAUAAGAUCAAAAACAAGAACAAGUACAAUAAGAAAAAUAAGGAUAAUAAUAACAAUGAUAGUAGCGAUAAAAAGAAUAAUAAUAUAGAGGAUGAUAAUGAAGAAGAACAAGAAGAAGAAGAUUUUGAUCACAAGAAAUAUUAUAAAAAAGCACUCAAAGUUACUAGACUAGCACCUGCUCAAAUCACUAGAUAUUCACAAAUAUUAAAGAAUGGACAAAUCAAAGGAUCGUGCACAUAUAAAUCAUCAAGAUGUGUGGUUUAUCCUGCCAAGACUAUUCUUGGUACACCACCUCAUCACUUUGCUUUUAUGCAAGAACAUGGAAGAAAGGAGACCAUGGAGAUUGACAUUUCAAAGGGAAUGACUAUUUGGAGUAUAUGUUCGACCAAGAAUUGUGUCAACCCUCGUCACUUGGUCAGAGAGGUGGAGACGAUCAGUAGGACAAGGGCUGGAUGCCACAAUGUUUUUAGGAAAAUAUUCAAACGUCAUGGAGCUGGAAUCACCAUAGAGGAAAUGAGAUCUUUGGAUAAUGUUUGUAAACAUGAACCACCUUGUAUUCCUACUUUUUUAAAACACCCAAAAUCUAUCAAAAUAGUAAUAACUUUAAAGAUGACAAUUAUGACAAUGGAUAUAACUAUAAUAAUAACAACUAAUAAUAAUAAUAACAACAACAAUAGAGACAAGUAUUACAAUGACGAAUACAGCUGUAGUUAUAACGAUUCUAAUAAUUAUUAUUCCUAUGAUGACAAUGAUUAUGAUGAGAUGGAUUAUACUUACAGUCAAUUCUAUGAAGCCAGUUACGUAGAGAAACGACAGGAUAGAAAUCACCCAAUCACCAAUAAUAGUAAUCAUUUUAAUAACAAUAAUAGGUAUAAUAAUAAUAAUAACAAUAGUAAAAAAUCAUUAGCAACAAUAACAAUUGGACAGAGAACAAAAAUACUUGGACGGAGAACAAAUAUAGUAAAAAUGGCGCAUGCCAGUCUGGAUCAACCAUCAAAUCAAAAUGUUUUAGAGGACAACAAACAAUCAAUUAGCAACGCCAAGGAAAAGAUCAGCAACAACAACAACAACAACAAUCCUACAGGAGCAUAUAAACGAUUAGACAAUACAACCCAUCCUAUCACCAAAACACCAACACCAACAACAUCAACAUCAACAACUUCAACAUCAUCAAUAUCAACAACCUCAAAAGAUCAAAACAAAUCUACUAUUGGUGAUUCAAGACAAAAUGAUAUUGGAUUGUAUAAAAAAUAUAUGGAUCCUGUAGAAAAGGAUAAAACAAGUAAACCCAACAAGGAUGUUCCCAAACCAACAUAUAAUAAUAAUAAUAAUAAUAAUAAUAAUAAUAAUAAUAAUAAUAUAAAUAAUAAUACUUUCGCCAAAACAACAUCAAAAGAUCAACCAUCAAAUCAAAAUGUUUUAGAGAACAAACAUACAAUUAGUAAUUCCAAGGCAAAGAUCAACAACAACAAUCCUACAGGAGCAGAUAAAGCUAUUAGUAACCCCAAUGUUCCUAAACCAACAAAUAAUAAUAAUAAUAGUAAUAAUAAUAAUAAUAAUCAUAGAAAUAAUAAUAAUAAUAAUAAUACUUUGACCAAAACAACAUCAACAUCAACAACAACAACAACAAAUGAUCAAAACAAAUCUACUAUAGAUAUUAUGGGUGCUCUUUCCAAGGAAAAGAUCAACAACAAUCCCACAGGAACAGAUAAAGGAAUUAGUAACCCCAAUGUUCCCAAACCAACAAAUAAUAAUAAUAGUCCAUUGGAAUGCCACCAUCUUCCCUUUCUCCCAAAACCACUGUUUCCAAAGGUGGUCCCACAUACCAUAUCACCCGUCCCCCCUCCACCUCCUCUACAAAAUACAAACCCCCAGAUUGUUCAUCCAAAACCUUCUACUAUACCCGAAGUUGAAAUUGAUGAAAGUAGAGAGCCCAAGAGAAAAAGGAAAAUCAAGAUUCCUAAAGUGAAGAUGGAACCAAAGUCGUCUGUUCCAGAUUUAGAAAUAGAAGAACGUCCAAAAAAGAUUGUCAAGAUACCUUGUAUCGAUGUAGAGGUUCCAGAUGCACCGCCAACAUCCACUUCCACAUCUAUGCCCAUUCCAAAGGUGAAAAUAGAACCACCUGAUGAUGUUGAUGAUUUCAAGAAAAUCCCAACCGUUAAAAUAGAACCAAAAGACAAACAUACAACUCCAUCCAAACAACCAAAACAACAAUCAUUUUUCGAUAAUCAACAACUACAACGACAAAAAGAAGAGGAAAGACAACUACAACAACAACAUGAAGAUCUAGAACUACAGAGAUACCAACAACUUCAACAACAAAAACAACAACAACUCCAGAAACAAAAAGAGUAUUUGCUACAAAAAGAAGAAAAACAAAGAAACCAACAAUUACAAAAACAAAAAGAGUAUCAACAACAACAAGAAGAGGAAAAAGAAAGAAACAAACAACUCCAAAAACAAAAAGAGUAUCAACAACAACAAGAAGAAAAAGAAAGAUUCGAACUACUCCAGAGACAAAAAGAGUACUUUCAACAAGAAAAAUUUAAACUAUAUCAAAUUAUAAAAGAAAAACAACGAGAAUAUGAACAAAAAUACCAAGAUAAUCAACAACCACAACAACCAUUGGUAGAUUAUCAAGAUGAUCACAGUUGCGAGUAUUGUCUUAGUAGACCAGAUAUCAACGAGAUACCAUACGACAUGCCACAUGAUCACACCACCAACCCAUUUGAAAGAUGUUUUUGUGUAGUCUGUGUAGACAAGAGAACUUAUAUUGAAUUGUUUGGUUGUCAUUAUCAUCCAGAUAAUGUUCGCAGUCGUUAUACACCAACUACUCCAACUCCACCAAAAAGAAAAAGAGCUCCAGCAAAAAAGAAAUGA